AUGGACGCCAGUGACAACGAGAAUACAACUGGGAUGAACUUGGAAAUACAUCAUCAGGACCGUCACCUGGUGCAGGAUAUACGGGCUAGAGAGCCUGAAGUAACACUAAUGGGUGAGCGAUAUUCCGUAGACGUACAUGGACAAACAAGUGGUGAGUCUCGCCGGGUAAUGACUCGUGACACAUCGGGUAUUCAUCGGGAAAGUGAGUCUCGUCGGGUAAAGACUCACUUAUUAUCGGGUAUGCAACGGGAAAGUGAGUCUCGUCGGGUAAAGACUCACUUAUCAUCGGGUAUGCAACGGGAAAGUGAGUCUCGUCGGGUAAAGACUCACUUAUCAUCGGGUAUGCAACGGGAAAGUGAGUCUCGUCGGGUAAAGACUCACUUAUCAUCGGGUGUGCAACGGGAAAAUGAGUCCCGCCGGGUAACGACUCACUUUUCAUCGGGAAAUCAUCGGGAAGGUGAGUCUGAUCAGGUAGAGACUCGCCCUUCACCAAGUACUCGUCGGGAAGGCGAGUCCCGCAGGGGUAACACUGGUGAGAUGACUGAAUGCUACCGUGAAAGUAUUCACCGGUUUGAGACUUCUCGUUCAUCAAAUCGGCGAAGCGUGAGUCAUCGUCGGGUGUUACAAACUCCUAAUCGUCUAGAUCAUCGACGGAAUGGUGAGUCAGCAGUUAAUAGUCGUAGUAAUAAUGAGCAACAAUAUAGGCGCUCAUGUAGUCAGUCGCAAAUAGCAGCAGCAGCUAUUAAUUAUUCGCAGCGUAGUCGAUCAAAUAGUAGGCAAAGACGCCGUUACAGUUCUAGAAGUAGAUCACCGGAAAUAGGACUUCACAACGAGAGCCGAAACAUCCCCACCCUACAUCAUAGGCCAAUUAGCCACAAGGCAAACAAUGGGAUGCAUAGCCACACAAGUUACUGUGUACGCGAAAAUUAUGCAAGCAAUAGUCUGAAACGGAAUCGACAUCGCAGUGCAAGUGGUAGCCCCCCGACUCAUAAAAUUCGGGAAAGUAAUACCAAUGAGAUCUUAGAUAAGUUUCUACAUAUCCUAGAUAGCAUGAAAGGUUCGAGCUCUAAACUAUCCUUAAAUAAUGUGGUUCCAGAAUUCGACCCAAUGAAAAAGGAUCAAACCAUCUUGACUUGGCUCACGAAAGUCGAGGAAUGUUCCUCGAUCUAUGGGUGGAAUGAGCGAGAAACGAUACAUUUUGCAUUGCCAAAGCUCGUUGGUGUCGCAAAGUCAUGGUAUCAGGGUUUGGACACAGUCAUGCUAUCAUGGAACAUGUGGAAAAAGAAACUUAUAGAAUCUUUCCCAUGUCGAGAGGACUAUGCGGAGUUACUAACGGAGAUGCUGGCCAAGCGUGUUCGUUAUGGCGAAUCGCUUGAACAGUAUUAUUAUGAUAAAAUGAAUUUACUUAACAGAAGUUCCAUUAAAGGUCGCAAAGCGGUAGACUGUUUAUUACACGGAGUCGAAGAUAGGGCAGUGAGAGUGGGUGCACAAGCGGCCCGAUUCCAAGAGCCAGAAGAUGUGUUAAGGUAUUUUAAGACCGUUAAGGUUGCAAACGUGAAGGACAGUGACAAAACAAGACAAGAUCGACGCAUUACUUCUAAUAAAUACAGGACAGGACAGACUAAAAGAGUUUUCAAAUGUUAUAACUGUGAUACAGACGGACAUAGGAGUUUUGAAUGUCCGAAGCCAGCCAAUAAAUGCUCAAAAUGCAAUAAAGUUGGGCAUUUGGAUAUUCAUUGUAGAGCAUUGUUUACUCAGAAAACUAGUAGGAAUUACUCGCAGAAUACGAUAGAUAACACAAACAAACAUACACAAGACAGACAUGGAACAUAUUUGAGAGAUGAGAAGCAAAUCGCCUCACUAACUACUUCGGAUAAAGUUAAUAGAAAAUAUAUAAUACAGGUAGAAUUAAAUGGGCUAAGCAUGGAAUGUUACGUAGAUCUUGGUAGUCAAUGUACUCUAAUUAGGGAACAAAUCUCGAAUGAACUAAAUCUCGUCGUAACGACUAAUGACUUACCUGUAAUGCAGGGAGUAGGUGGAGACUGUUUUGUGCCAUUAGGCCGCUGUUAUGGCGAAAUUAAAGUACAGGGAAUAAAGGAAAGCAUGAUCCUCUCAAAAAUUAUUUUGAGAGUUCAAAUGGAAACCAAUGUACCACCUCAUAGUACGAGAGUGAUACCUGUGGUGACCACCCCGGAGUAUGCAGGCAAAGUGCUGGUGAAUGGCAGUAUAAGAGGUCUGAGUGGAGAAGAACAUUAUCUUUUACCAGGUGAAUAUUCUUUGGAAGCAGGCAUCGGUCGCCUACUCAUUCACAAUGUGAGUAACAAAAAUCUUAUAGUUGAUCAUAACUCAAUUUUAACACGAGCAAUUCCGGUAUCGCAUAAAUACGAUAUAUAUUCUAUGACGUUUGCUGAAUUCAAGUCAGACGAAAAGGUUUUAUGUGGUACGCAGAUUACUAUAAAGGAGAAACUAGCAUUACAAAAUCUUCUAUCUAAAUACAGUGAUUGCUUUUCCACGGGACUAAAAGAUCUUGGUUUUACGACGGCGGGCGAGAUGACAAUCGAACUUAAUGAUUCGGAACCAGUAGUAUACAGACCAUAUAGACUGUCUUGGGGUGAGAGAGACCAAGUAAGGAAUAUGGUACAAGAGAUGAUGGAUGCUGGUAUCGUACGGGAAACGUCAUCUCCUUAUGCUAGCCCUAUAGUGUUGGUACAAAAGAAGACUGGAGAGAAACGUUUAUGCAUCGAUUAUCGCGCUCUUAAUCGAAGAACGAAGAAGGAUCAUUAUCCACUCCCCCGUAUUGAAGAUCAACUAGACCAGCUUGCAGGCAGUAAGAUGUUUAUAUCUCUGGAUCUAGCAUCAGGAUACUACCAAAUUCCCAUCGCUGAAGCCUCUCAGGAGAAAACAGCCUUCGUGACCCCCGAUGGUCAAUACCAGUUUACAAGAAUGCCUUUUGGCCUUGUAAACGCCCCGUCUGUCUUCCAGAGAACAAUGAAUAAAAUACUAGCAGAUGCAAAAAUUAAAUACGCACUAAUUUAUAUGGACGACUUUCUUAUUCCCGCAACUUCUUUUGAACAAGGUUUAGAUAGGUUGGAAGAAGUUCUCGCAUUAAUAAAGCGGGGUGGCCUAACCCUCAAAUUAAGUAAAUGCAGGUUCUUUUUUGACAGGAUCGAUUUUCUUGGUUUCGAAGUUGGCGCGGAUGGCAUUAAACCUGGCAGUAAGAAGACUGAAGCUGUGGAUAAAUUCCCAGCUCCUAGGAACGUGCACGAACUACGGCAGUUUGUGGGUCUGGCUAGUUUUUUUAGAAGAUUUGUAAAGGGAUUCGCGUUAAUUGCGAGACCGCUCACCGAUCUCCUCAAGAAGAAUUCCGAAUGGAAAUGGGAUGCCCCACAGGAGGAAGCAUUUGGUAAAUUAAAAGCCAAUUUGGUACAAAGACCCGUUCUCACUCUGUAUGACCCUAAACGUGAAACUCAAGUACAUACUGACGCAUGUAAGAACGGCGUUGGAGGCGUGUUGGUUCAAAAAAAUGAUGAAGGUCUAUUCAAACCGGUGGCAUACUACAGUCGUAAAACUACAACUGAAGAACAACGACUGCACUCGUUUGAAUUGGAAACUCUGGCGGUAGUGGCAUCUUUAGCCAGAUUUCGAGUAUAUCUAGUUGGUAUUCCGUUCAAAGUCUUGACGGAUUGUAACGCCCUACGGACUACCAUGACUAAAAGGGAUCUUAUUCCUCGAAUUGCACGUUGGUGGAUUCAGCUACAAGAGUUCGACUGUGAAAUAGAAUAUCGUGCCGGAUCCGCCAUGCAACACGCGGAUGCAUUAAGCCGCAACCCAGUUGGAGAACCUGAAAAUGAUAUACACAUACUAGAUGUGUUAAAUACCAACAUUGAUGAUUGGAUCGCGACAGUCCAAUCUAAUGACGAAGAAAUCUGUCGUAUCAAGGACGUACUGGGAAAUUCCGAAUCAGCAGAAGUGGCCGACAUAUUAAAGAAUUAUAAGGUCAAAAAUGAUAAAGUGUUUCGGAUUACAGGUAGUAGUGGCUCAGAUUUGCGAUGGGUGGUACCAAAAGGAGUUCGUUGGCAGAUUUUAAAGAUGAAUCAUGAUGAUUUAGGUCAUUUCGGCUUUGACAAAACUCUUGCACGUAUACAAGAGACAUUCUGGUUUCCCAAAAUGAGGCGCUUUGUUAAAAAGUAUGUUCGAGCAUGUUUACAAUGUGCUCACCAUAAAGGGACUACGGGUAGACAGGAAGGCGAGUUACAUCCUAUACCAAAGAUUGAGAUUCCCUUUCACACCAUCCAUGUAGAUCAUCUUGGGCCUUUUGUGCGGAGCAGCAGAGGUAACUCGUAUCUUCUUGUUAUAGUAGAUGGUUUUACGAAAUACGUGAAUAUUAAACCAGUAAGGAACACUAAAACUAGUACUACUACAAAGGUUAUACAGGAACAUAUGAGUUACUUCGGCACCCCGACGAGGCUUAUCAGUGACCGAGGAACCUCAUUUACGAGCUCAGCGUUUCAAACCUUUUGUAAGUCCAACGGGGUAAAGCACAUCUUAAACGCUGUAUCUACACCAAGAGCUAAUGGACAAGUGGAGAGAUUCAAUCGCUCUAUUUUAGAAGCCCUGUCCACAAAGUGCUCAGAUAAAAAUGAUAAACACUGGGAUGAAUAUAUAUACAGUAUUCAGCUGGGCUUAAAUACGACAGUUCACAAAACAACUGGAAAAAGCCCAUCCGAGUUGCUCUUCGGGUUUAAAAUUAAUAGUGGUUCAGAAAAUAUACUAAGUGAUGUAAUUAUUGAAACCAUCAAUAAGAAAUCGGCAGAGGACCUUGAAGACAUACGAUCUGACGCAAGUAAGAACAUUGAGAACCAGCAGAGGAAGGAGAAGGAAAAGUUUGAUUCUAAAAGGAAAGCUAGCACCGUGUAUUCUGUAGGUGACUUGGUGAGCAUCAGAAGAGAUGUUCCUAGUGAUGGCCAGUCCAUGAAGUUGGCUAUGAAAUUCCAAGGGCCAUAUCGUAUAAGGAAAAUAUUACCCAAUGAAAGGUUUGUAGUCGAGGACACCCCUCUAACCAAGAGUAAAGGACACCGCCACUACAACAAUGUUGUGGCUGUAGACAGAAUAAAACCUUGGUUACAUUUUGAUAAUAAUUUUGGGUCCAGUUCCGAAUCCGAACCUGAAGUUGUAAACUAA